AUGUCGGUGACGAACCCCGAGAGCAACCCACCGGCGUUUAAGUACGUUGGUUUGGGCCUUGCGGUAGGGAGUGGCGUGUUUAUUGGCGCCUCGUUCGUUUUCAAGAAGAAAGGCUUGCUUGCCUCGCAGCGCAAGUAUGCAACCGAGGCCGGCGAGUCGCAUGCGUACCUAAAAAGCCCCAUGUGGUGGACCGGGAUGAUUAUCAUGGUUGUUGGUGAAAUCCUCAAUUUCGUCGCGUACGCGUUCGCCGACGCGGUGCUAGUCACGCCGAUGGGCGCGCUCAGCGUCGUGGUGUGUGCUAUUUUGUCGUCUAUAUUUUUAAAGGAACGCCUUACGUUAUUUGGCAAGGUGGGGUGUUUUCUUUGCAUUGUCGGCUCUGUGAUCAUCGCGGUGAACGCACCGGAGCAAAAGACCGACGGCAACAUACGCAACUACGAGAAGCUCUUUAUCGCGCCUGGCUUUCUUACGUGGCUUUCUAUUUGCGUCGUGUCUUCCCUGAUCCUAGUGUUCUUCGUCGCGCCGCGCUACGGAAAAAAAUCGAUGCUGGUCUACAUUACCAUUUGUAGCGUGAUUGGGGGACUGAGUGUCAGCGUCACGAGCGGACUGGGCUCCGCCAUUAUUUUGUCCAUCCGCGGCACGAACCAGUUUACCUAUUGGUUCACCUACUUUCUGCUUGCAUUCAUCAUUGUCACCUUGCUCGUGGAAAUCAACUACCUGAACAAGGCGCUCGAGCUGUUCAACACCGCAGCUGUGACGCCUACAUACUAUGUCUUGUUUACCGCUGCAACGAUCAUCACUUCCGUCAUUCUUUCUCAGGGCAUGCGCGCAAAGGCCGUCUCCAUUGUCACGAUUGUCUUUGGCUUCUUUACUAUUUGCGCGGGAAUUUUGCUCCUCCAGCUGAGUAAGAUGGACCCCGAGGAGCUGCGUGAGCAGAAGGGCGUGGACCGCAAAUCUUCACUGCUCGUGCGCAUGACGCAAAUGCAGACCGGUCCAGAGAGGGAGGAGGACGCAGCGCACAUCGAGGACCCCGGCAUGGACUCCAUUCGCGGCGGACUCGGCGUCGUCGGCAGUCUGAUGCGCGCGAAAAGUGCGCGCAGUCGGAUUUCAACGUGCUUGGACGACGAUGCGUUGCAUGCCUGUGCUCAGCAUGAGCACGACGGCCUAGAGCGCUACCAGCUCUACGACCGGCCCAUGUCUUUCUCGCCUGAACCCGACGGCGACGCGCGCCGCACGGGAAAAUCUAUCAAGUUUAUGCCCGGCACAGAGCUGCCACACGGCCAUCAUGGCCAAGGCACGCCGCUCGAGCCAAGCGCACACGAAAUGCCGCACAUGCUCGUGCCGAUUUUGGAGAAGGGAGAAGACGCGAUGCCAGGCAAGUCGGAACAAAGCAGCUUGCUGGGCGACGAUAUCUCCCUCACCGACUACCACGCAGAUGUCGGCGACCAGACCACCGCCACCGACAUGCACCGUGUAGGCACCUCGAGUCCGUAUGAUGUGGAUAUGCUGCGCAUGUGGCACGACGAGCCGGUAUUUGACAAGAUGUCCAACGUAGCGUCGCCGACAGGGAUCGUCGAAGCAUACUACGACGAGGAGGAUGCAGCGGAGAGAGUACACCGCGCACAUGCACAUCCCCCACGCUCCUUGGGCAUUCUACCGCGCGGCAGGACGCAUAUUUUUCGCAGGCAUACGCACGACCCGAACACCUCGGCACUCGGCCUGGGUCUGUUCAAGUCGCGGAAAUUUUCGCGUGGCGCACACGACCCUUUGGCGCAUCGAGACGCUUUACCACACGCCAAGCGCGUCGUGAGCGACUCAACGCGUGCAUCCUGUGAGGCACAACAGCUACUGGAAUAA